AUGCCAGACGUGAAGGAGAGGGCUUCCCGGAAGGAGCUCAGCAGGGCAGAGGGCUCCUCCCGUGAGCCCCACGCGGGACACACUCGGGAGGAGGGGAGCAGCGCCCAGGGCCACCGAACACGCUUGGCAGAGAGAGUUCAUGAAGUUUCCAAGCUCGAUUGCCACUCCGAAGAGAAGACUUUAUCGUCAACCAGCCUGGACAGCAAGGGCAAGGAGACAAUGCCCAGUGUUUGGGACCAUCUGAAGGAGCAGCUGUCAUCUGUGCCCCCUGACUUCAGCUGUGCUCUUGAACUUCUGAAAGAGGUCAAGGAGAUCCUGUUGUCCUUGCUCUUACCACGCCAGACCCGCCUCAGAAGUGAGAUCGAAGAAGCUUUGGACAUGGACUUUCUCCGUCAGCAAGCUGACCGUGGGGACCUGAAUGUCACCUGUCUCUCCAAGUACAUCCUCAACACGAUGGUCUUGCUGUGUGCGCCAGUCCGGGAUGAAGCCGUGCAGAGACUUGAGAACAUUGCGGACCCCGUCCGGCUGCUGAGGGGCAUCUUCCAAGUGCUGGGACUGAUGAAAAUGGAUAUGGUGAAUUACACUAUCCAGAGCCUCCAGCCCCAGCUGCAGGAACAUUCCAUCCAGUUCGAGCGGGCCCAGUUCCAGGAGCGUCUCAACAAGGAGCCCAGCCUCCUCAACCACAACCUAAGUGGCUUGACCCAGGCGGCCGCAGACCUCACCACCCCCCUGCAAAUUGCACCCGACCCACUGGACUCCUCCAGCACGCCUGGCCCGUCUCCCAGUGACUCCGCUGCCUCGGAGCCGCUCAGCUCUGCAAUGGUGCUGUCCCAGGGAUUCCUGAACCUUCUCAUCUGGGACCCUGAGAAUGAAGAGUUCCCUGAGACCCUGCUGAUGGACAGAACCCGACUGCAGGAGCUGGAGUGGCAACGGAAACCACCUCACAGCUUUGCCUGUCUGCUGGUGGCCAGUAGCUUCUCUGGCCGUGUUCUGUUUGGCUCACCCCCAGUUUGUGGAUUAAAACUGAAACGGAUAACAAAGUCCCUGGUGGAGGACUUUAACUCCAGGCCUGAGGAGACCAUGCAGACUGUGAGCGAGCAGGUGACCCAGGAAAUCCACCGAAGUCUCAAGAACAUGGGCCUCGCCCCUCUGAGCACUGAAAACUCGGCUUCUCUGGUAGGACAGCUCCAGAACAUUGCCAAGAAGGAAAACUGCGUCCGCAGCGUCAUUGGUGACGGAAUCCACUUGUUCCUCAAAUGUGCUUGUUCUUGCGUGCAGCGAUCCCUGCUGGACCCUGGAGGCCUCACGCUCAUCGAAGCAGAGCUGGCAGAGCUGGGCCAGAAGUUGUUAGCCUGACGCACCACAAACCAGCAGGUGUUCGGCCCUUACUACACCGAGAUCUUAAAACCCCUCAUCUCCCCAGGCCAGUCUGCGAGAGUGGAGGCUCUCUGA